CCCGCCCCGCCCGCGCGCAGGCGCGGAACCGCCCGGCCCGCUCCUCGUGCCCGCGACACGCGCGGACGCGGCGAUGGCGGAGGCCCAGCUGCAGCUGGUGGCGCGGCGCGUCCGCAGCUUCCCCGACUUCCCCAUCCCGGGCGUGCUGUUCAGGGACAUCUCGCCCGUCCUGAAGGACCCCGACUCCUUCCGCGCCUCCAUCAGCCUCCUGGCUGGGCACCUGAGAGCGACCCACGGCGGCAGCAUCGACUACAUCGCGGGCCUAGACUCCCGCGGCUUCCUGUUUGGUCCUUCCCUAGCUCAGGAGCUGGGCUUGGGCUGCAUUCUCAUCCGGAAGCGAGGGAAGCUGCCGGGCCCCACUGUGUGCGCCUCGUACGCGCUGGAGUAUGGGAAGGCUGAGCUGGAAAUCCAGAGAGACGCCCUGCAGCCAGGACAGAGGGUGGUGGUUGUGGACGAUCUGUUGGCCACUGGCGGAACCAUGCGUGCAGCCUGUGAGCUGCUGGGCCAGCUGCAGGCCGAGGUGCUGGAGUGCGUGAGCGUGGUGGAGCUGACCUCGCUCAGGGGCAGGGAGAAGCUGGGGGCUGUACCCUUCUUCUCCCUCCUGCAGUACGAGUGACCUCGGCCCCAGCCCCACACCAGCUGGAAGAGGAGAGGACCAGCCUGGCCGCCAGGGGACACUGGCCGCCCGCCUGGACGUCAUCUGUGCCUGCGGCUGAGUGACUUUCUCCAGGGCAGGGCUGCUGCCUGGGGGCCUGCUGGGGCUUCUGGAAGCCCCAAGGCCUGGAGCCAGUGGCCUGGAGCUGCAGGCUCGCUGACAGUGGAAUGAGAAUAAACACAUUUCUGGA